UCUCCCGUCUCACUGCAGGUGAUUGUGUGAUCUGACGCAGCUCAUGCUGUUUUCUGUUCCAUCUAGGAUGGUGCUGUCUCUAGAUAAAUGGUUUUGGUGGCACGAAUACUGGUUCCCACCAGGAUUCACCUGGGAGGACAUAAAGGAAUCUGGGAGUAUCUCAUACCCCAAACCUCGAGAUCUCCUGCACAUCGUGCCCUAUGCCCUGCUCUUAGUUGGUGUCCGAUACCUCUUUCAAAGAUUCAUAGCCCGGCCCCUGGGCAGAAAGCUAGGGGUGAGGGACAAGGUGAGAUUGAACGCUCCACCCAAUACUGUGCUGGAAACCUUCUACGCUACUCAUAGCAAGAAGCCAAAGGAGGGGCAGCUGAUCAGUUUAUCCAAGCAGUGUGACUUGCCCACGAGAAAGGUGGAGAGGUGGUUCCGAUACCGGCGGAACCAGGACAAACCCAGUCUGACUACAAAAUUCUGUUCAGUGAGUUGGAGUUCUUUGUGUUACCUCAUUUCCUUCUGCACUGGACUUGUGGUCUUGUAUGAUAAGCCCUGGUUUUGGGACCCAAGAGAAUGCUGGGUGGGGUAUCCACAGCAGCCACUACAGCGCUCUAUGUACUGGUACUACAUGAUGGAACUCACCUUUGCCUUGGCACUGACUUUCACCAUGGCCUUUGAUGUGAAAAGAAAGGACUUUAAGGAACAAAUGGUGCACCACGCAACUACCAUCAUCCUGAUCAGUUACUCAUACUGUGCCAAUUACCUCCGGAUUGGGUCUUUGGUGAUGUUGCUCCAUGUUUCUUCCACUGCUCUCCUAGAGCUAACCAAGUUGCUUCAUUACUUGAACUGGAGACGUGCAAGCCACCUUCUCUUCUUAACUUUCUCGUCCGUUUUCCUUGUUACUCGGCUCAUCGUUUUCCCAUGCAGGGUGCUGUAUACUUCACUCUAUAUUUCCAUGGAGUUCCUCCAGCCCUUCUUCGGAUACUAUUUCAUGAAUGCUCUCCUGAUGGUUUUGCAGCUGCUGCACAUCUUCUGGGCCAGCCUAGUCAUUCACAUGCUCUACAAAUUCAUCAAUGGCACGAUAAAAAACGAUGCAAGAAGUGACACAGAAGAAAGUGAUGAGAGUGAAGAGGUGCAAGAACAGAACAACAAAGAGAAAAAUGGGACCAUGCAUUUCAGCAACGUCACAAACAAUUGCAGCCAAAGUAACAGCUACCACUCUGAAACCAGCCAAAGUAAUGUGGCCCAACAACUAACUGGCAGAGCCCAUCUCACUAAUGGGUGCUAAUGCUCCAGAACGGCUGACUGCCCCCGUCUAUAACAAAGCAGCCCAGUGUCCUUAGGAACUGUCAUGCUCACUGUAUAGACCUGUGGGGAUUAGGGUGACCAGAUGUCCUGAUUUUAUAGGGACAGUCCCGAUUUUGGGGUUUUUUUCUUAUAUGGGCUCCUAUUACCCCCCACCCCCUUCACACUUGCUGUCUGGUCACCCUGGUGGAGAUACAGCCAUUUGGCUAGUUAGUUUUAAGAGUAGCAACUAAAAGUUGCAAAUCUUUUAACCCAUAAGACAAUGAUGCUGUCUUAUUGCAGAUAAGUAUUUUCCACAAAACUGAUACUGAGCAUAACUAAUGCCAGAGCUAUGCUGAGGAAAGGUACAUAUCUCAGGCAAAUACUUCCCUUUGGAAGCAGGUCCCUUACUUAACCAAUACAGCCUUCUUCCUCACCUGUGGGAGUGUGGGUUUUGGGUAGUUAGUGAAGUGUUCUUAAGCAAUUCCCAAUUAUCGUUCAUGCUUUUCUGUUUAAAUUCUUCCUCCCAGCUGAUUUGGCUCACAAUUGUUUUCAGCUUUUUGAAACUGGCCCUUUUAA